AGAUAGAUCGAUUCAAUCCUUCAUUUUGAGUGUAACCUUGUGUAUAAAGAGUGAGGUCCUUUCAUAUGCAAGCGUGAUCAUCACAGAUUCACAAUCCAUGCAUACAUAGUCUCUUUUUUUUUUCCGUCCGUUUUUAGAAUGAGACCGGCUUCUAAACGUUGAAUCCGUUUAUCAAAAAAAAAAAAAAAACAUUAAAUCCUCUGUCUGAACCCUCCAGAUCCACCAGAGGCUUCGCUUGUAGCCAUGCCUCCUCGCGGUGACGUGGCGGAACUAAUCUGCUGAGCUGUGAUUUCUUUUCUUCUUUAUUUCGAGUUUUUUUUUUUUGGCUUUAUUAUUGAGUUUCUCUGUUCUCUCUCGAUUUUCGAUCACUGGAAGAAGAGAGUGAGAGGGAUCAAUGGCGUCUCAAUCAUCAUCAACGAGAAUCUGGUUCCGUAUAGUGAUCCUGAUCGCUUUAAUGGUGGUUCUAUUCUACGUCGGCCGCCCUCUCUACUGGAAGAUCUCCGCCACCAUCCACGAUAUCCGCCACAACAAGCAAUCCGUCAGAGAAGGUAUAUCUCAGAUCGUACAGGAGGCGCAGAGAUCCGUGGGAUGGUAUCACGACGAGUCGGAUUCGGGCUUCCGAGAUGUUCAGAACAAGAAAUCUGGAGUCGCCGCCUCUCGAAGGCUUCUUUUCGCCGGAGAUCAGUGAGAAAAAAUAUUUCUCCGUUGCUCUGUCAAAAUUUUCGAAAUAAAUUUCUCCGUGUUUAUAUAUAAGCUUUGGCUUGAAACUGUUAAAACUUGUUAUGGGUCUUCUUAUUGAUGUGCAAAACAUAUUUCGAUGCUUUGCUAUGGUUUUGUAAUUGUUAUCAUUUGUAAAUUCGAAAUGACUUUGUUUGAUCGAUCAAACAAGUUGUGUUCAUUUUGUGUGCCAUAGACUAUAAGUUUGCAGAUUGCUACUAUCAUUUGAAGGAAAUUCAUAUGCUUUUU